AUGGCUGACGAGUUGCGUGGCAUUCGCCUAGACAACCAGCAGCAGACCGCUUCCCUCAUGGAGCGUCUUCAACGGAGCGAAGUAGCCCUUGCCGCCGAACGUGAGUCCCGCCGUCGCGACGCCGAAGUUGCUGAAGCUCGGGUUGCUGCCGCGGUGAAGGUAGAGCAGUCCCCAGUACCAUCGUCAGUGCCUGCACCCGAGAUGGGGCGCGGCACACUUAUUCCCCCCGAAGCGCCAUUGCCGAGUGCGGCCCUGGACGCCGCCACCGCUGCGGUGUUGGCGGCAGCCGAGGAAGUGAAGGCAGAGAGUGAGGGCAUCGCGCAGAGCACGAAAGCCCAUUUGGCCGCGUUCGAGGACCAGUUGCGCAAUGUCACGUCCGCGUAUCUGCAGAAGUGCGCCCUGACCCAGAAGGUUCAACGUGAGAAUGAUGCUCGCCUAGGUCAACAAUCGACUAGUGUACCUGAAUCUAGUGGAAAAGCCACCGCGACGAGUCGCACUUCCUGCGACAAAUUUGCGGGACGGUCGCCCACUUAUAUCGGGCAACAGCAAGUGGCCGCGGAUUCGCUGGCAGCAGCGCAGCUUCAAGCGACCAUACAAGCUCCAAGUCAAAUUGUCAAACGCGAGAUGGGACCAGGCGAGACGAAGCCGACUGAGACACGUGAGACAAGGUCAAGUGAGACGAAGACACGUGCGACUGGCGGGACGGGGUCAAGUGAGACCAAGCGGGGAAGGCAGCCGAAGGCUGCGUCACAGACUCGGUCCAGUGUCGCUGCAGUCAAGGAAGAAAACUCGGAAGAGACCAAGAGCUCAGCGAAAGGUGUCGCUCGGGACUCUGCGAGUGGGAGUGGCUAUGUCCCCAGAUAUUCUGGGAAAUUAACUAAUAAAAAGUCUUCCCAGAAACACAAGCGUGGAAAGAGGAUCCGUCGCAGUAAGCGACCAGGUGGCGAUCCCUCAUCGUCAGAUUCAAGUACAAGUGGCAGCUUGUCUAGCAGCGAGUCCAGCUCGGGCUCCGACUCCGACUGGGAGCGCGGCCUUGCUGAGGAAAUCGCCCCUGCAACAGUACCAGCCGCUAACGGCCAAUCGUACACGUUCCGCCCGUAUAUCCAGUAUGGGGCGGUGGAGAUGUUUGAUCCCCACGCCAAGCUCGAAGACCGCGUGAACUGGUGGGAGCGGUUUGUCUACGCUGCUGCGUUGGGAGUCUGGCCGGAGAAGAUGAAGUUGCGUCAGAUCCUGGGCCGACUACCUGCCCCGCUACGUGUAUGGUUCCGCCAACUACCCGAGAAGGACCAGAAGGACUGCCAAGAAGGCCGACGUCGAGUACGAAGACUCUCCGAGGAACUCCACAUCCGUCGCUUUAUCAAGAAGCUGGCGGAUCGUCGUCUGAAGAUCACAGUACAGGGACAAACGUUCAAGUCGAUGAAGGAACUCGAGAAAACUCUCAAGCGUAUCGAAGCGGUGCAGCGUGAUGAUGGAUAUGAGACGCCUCCACCUCCAAAGAUCCGCGAUACGAAACCUAGUGGUGUGAGAUUUAGUCAAUUCCCUCCUCCGCGUCGAACUCAAGGUGAACGUGCGUACUUGGUCGAGAACCUGGACUCGGAGUCAGAAGACAAGGCUUCCCCGCCCUCGGACUCCGAAGAGAAACCAGAACCACGUUAUCUCCCGGGAACUCCGCCCCCGUCCAUGGGGCGUACGGUGAAUUCUGAGAAGAUCAACGUAGCCCAGGCUUCUGAGACUAUCGCUCAAGUACCCAGACCCCCGACGACCGAGGAGGUGUUCCGUGCUGCUGAGCAGAUGGUUUUGGGCACGACGCUCAGAAUUGUUGGCGGGAUCUGA